AAAAGCUAGAGAGAUCCUCAAAACGGAAGUCUACGUUGCAAAAUGGUACAUGUGUUGUCAGCUGUCUGCUUCUCCCUUUUGGUCGGUGUUUUGCAAGUUUCUUUAGCCGAUGACGGACAGUGCUACACAUUUGGUGGUGACAGACAGUGUUAUGCCUCUCCAGGAGGGCAUGUCUAUCCUCAGGAAACUCGUAGAACGUCAGGACAUGCAAUUCAGUGGAGCCAAGCUGUCAUCUCUAAGCCAGCUCCUGAUUGGAAUGGUACUGCUGUGAUAGAUGGAGCAUUUAAGGAUAUCAGACUAGUAGAUUUUAAAGGGAAAUGGCUUGUUUUCUUCUUUUAUCCUCUUGAUUUCACAUUUGUUUGUCCAACAGAAAUUAUUGCCUUCAGUGAUAGGGUUAAAGAAUUUGAGAAGAUCAACACUCAGGUCAUUGCAUGUUCUGUGGAUUCACAAUUUACACAUCUGGCUUGGAUAAGCAAGGCUAGAAAUGAGGGAGGACUUGGACCAAUCAAAAUUCCUCUUUUGUCUGACAUCACACAUGAAAUCUCCAAAGCAUAUGGUGUAUUCUUACAAGAUUUAGGACAUAGUUUGAGAGGUUUAUUUAUCAUUGAUCCUAAGGGGAUAUUACGACAGAUUACAAUGAACGAUCUUCCUGUCGGUAGAUCUGUUGACGAGACAUUGAGAUUAGUACAGGCAUUCCAGUAUACAGACAAGCAUGGAGAAGUAUGCCCAGCUGGGUGGAAACCGGGCAGUGAUACAAUCAUUCCAGAUCCUAAGGAAGCUCAGAAAUAUUUCAGUAAACAGAAGAAUUCAGACUAAGAAUCAUCUUCAAAGUACUGCUGCUCUUAUUACAAAGAUCUUAAGUUAAAUUGAAAUACUAAUGACUUAUGAGUAAGACUUUUUGUGAAAAGAGCUGCAAAUUACAAAGAUGCAAGAAAUUCUUCUCUGUUCUCUUGAAAUUCCAAAUUAUGUAUUUCUAUCCAGUGCAAUUGCUAGAGGACCAUCUCAAAUAAUAGUUUUUAUAAAUGACUGUUUAUAAGGGCUGUACCAUUAAAUGGAUGUGGGAGUGUAGGAAAGGACUUUCAUGUCACCACAAUCAACAUAUUCUCAGUUAUUUUACAUACUUGUAUCUCCUAAUUUUAUUUUCCACAGUUAAUCUUUAUACUUUAACACCCCAUUUUUCUCGAUCUGAUUAAAAUACAAAUUCAAUGUCCAAGCUUUGCUUACAAGGAUUUUAAAACUCUGUUCUAAUUUCUGUUAAAAGACCUUUUGGGAUCCUCUGGUUCUGUGGGAUUAAUACAUACCUUCAAAAAUUUGAAGGCUGAAAUUUCAUUGGCUGAUGUGAUAAUUACCAGAACAAAUUAAAAACGAGUGUUGUCAAAAAAUUUUCAUAUCCUUGUAAGCAAAGUUAAGAUACAGAAUCCGUAUUUAAAUCAGAUUGCAUUUUGCUGUAUUCAUUAAUUGGUUUUCGGCCAUUAUUCUCUAAUCUGCCAACCCCAUCCAGACCCUCAUGCAUCAAAUGGACAUGCAACCAUAACUUACCCAUGUCCAGAAAUAAAUCUUCCCUUCCUACCCUCCCACAUUAAUCUAAUUUGAGAAGCCCUAUAUUUGAUGGGUUAAAGGUUUUGAGUAACCACGUAUGAAGUAAAACUGAAUUCUCAUAAUUAUUUUGAGCAUAAUGAAUCAUUAGGGGGGAAGGGUAUGCCUGUUCUUUCUGUUCAGAACUUACAGGUACCAGUUAGUCACUCAUUUGCUCUGUUAAAUGAUAAGUCAAAGAAAUAUGUUCAGCCACCAUGGAAAACAUGGCCUAUAUCUUGGGAAAUUGUGAAUUGAUCAUGUUUUGUUGUCAUAGCUUUAAAUGAAAUGACAGCUAUUUUAAAUGGAAUUUCUGGGAAUCCUUGUUCUGAAUAUAUGCACAAAUUUCAGAAUCCAACACAAAAAUGGCUACUGAAAACUGAACAGUGCCAAUGGUUGUAGCAAAGUUUCUUAAGCUACAAGGGAGAUAACCAGGUGUAUACUUCUUAAUUUUUUCAGUUUCGGAGUUCCUAUUUGUGAAAUAACUUCCAAUCUUGGUAAUGAAUAUUUGUGUUAAUGGGUUGCUGUCUCUUUGAUGUCUGGCAUAAUCUCCUUUUAUAAACACAUGUUGUGUUUUCAGUUGGAAAAAUUGUCAAAAAUUCAAAUGAAACUUUAUUGGGAAAAAAUCUGACUGAUUUUGAGUGUAGAAAUGAUCCCUAAAUCAUAAUAAUUUAUUGUCCUUGAAUAAGAAAUUUAUCAUGAGAAAGAAACUUGUAAAAUACAUUAGAAAUAUAUUUAUGCAAGAUGUAGAAAUUUACAUUACAUAUCUGCUGAAAAAUUAACCACAUGCACGAGGUCAAAUUCAUUUGUUAGUUUUCGUGGAUAUAUUGAAACACUUUUUGUAUGUUUACAAUGUGUAACUGUGUUAAAGACAAUAAAUCAUCUGUUUUUGUCAAUUUUAUGAGUUCUUUAAUAGUUUAUUUGGAUCGGAUGCAUGGUCCUGAGUAGUUUAAAUCCUCUAUAAUCAAUUGAAUUAAAGUAUUAUUGUGUAGUGUAUAUGUCUAUUGCUUACUGUAUAGCAAAUAUUUAUUGAGAAGGGUAUUAUAGCUAGUAUAACAAGUCAGCAAUCACCACAUUGUAUAUUUCCAUCUUUAAUAUAAGAAAAGCAGCUGUAAUUUAAUUUAAAAAUAGAUUUUAAUUUGAUGUAGAAAACUGAACUUUUCUUCAGUUAUGAUGAGUUGUUUUUAGACUUUUAAGUUUGAUAUUUUUCUGUUAUACAUUUGACAAGUAACUAGUCUUGAUAUUCUGAAAAAAAAAUUGCAACAGUGUAUUCCUCAGCAUUCAUGAUUUUAUGUAUUCGUGUAUAUUAAAUUGACCUGCAUUGUAUCCUUUCUGUCAGAGCAUUUUAUUUAUAAUGGUUAUAAGGUAUUAUAUGUAUGUUUGUUGAAUCAUAGCAAAAUUAUCUCCCUUUGACCACUGACCCUUUCCUCAUGCAUUUGAACUAUUAUUCUAUGUUUCUCUAACACUCUGUAAUGUUUAUGUCAUGUUGUUAGUAAUGUUAUGCUCUUAAUGGGCCCUUUAAUUUGGAAAAAUAAAAUAUUGUAUUGUAUUGUAUUGUAUUGUAUUGCUGUUUUUAGACUUUAAAUAUCAGAAUCACAAAUGAUUAUUUUUAAUGUAUGGAGUAUAUUGUGUAUGAAGCAAGGUUUAAAAAGAGGGUACAAAGAUUUUGUAGUAUAAACUCAUUAGUCUAUUGUUCUAAAAUUAGUUAAUUUACCACAGGGGACUUAAAAUGAGAAUUGUGUCCUUACAUGUACAUGAGUUACCUGAUUUUAGUGCUGAGGGAACAAAGAUAGUCAAAAAAAAUUCCAAAUGCCUGAUUUGUUUUUUUCUAUCAUAUUUUUUUUUCUCAACAGCUUUAGCAAAUAAUUAAAAGGGCUAGAAAAUGUGAACUUAUUAGUAGAUUAUGUUCUUAAGGACUUAAAUAAGGCCAUCUUUUUUUCUCUCAACAGCACUAGCAAAUGCUUAAAAACUUAAAAGGCUACAAAAUGUGAACUUAUUAGUAGACAUGAACUUUAAUGAUGCAACAUUAAAAGUGCAAUCUAAUUGAAAUAUAGAUCCUGUGCCCUUGCUUUGCUAACAAGGCUCAGACAACACUCCCUUCUACUUCCUGUUCUAAUCAUUGCCAACCAAUGAAAUGUCUUCCUCCAAUUUUUUUUAAGAUGUGUUUCAUUAUGGCAAAACCCUAGUAUUCUGAAAUGUUGAUCAAGAACAAAUUAGAAAGGAGCCUUGCAAGCUUAGUCAUAGGAUCUUUAUUUUGUUGAGAUAAUUCUAAAAUUGAGGAUAUGUUAAAGACUUCUGCUUUAAUUUAGUAUCAACAAUUGUUCCUUGUUGAAAUUUCUUUUCAUUUGUCUGAGGGUUUGGAAUGGAUUGUUUUGUGUAAGAACAAGUUGAUGUAUAAGUGAAAAUUUCAAAUGUUGAAAGGGGUUAACAUUUUACUCUUUUAAAUAAAUGUCAUUAAAUGACAAAACAAUUAUGCAUAUGAAUGUAGUGUCUUGUUUAACCUUUGAACUUGGCAUAUGAUAUCUUUUGAUAUCAGGAUAGAAUGUGGUGGAAAUGUUGUAAAAAAUGCAUUUUAUGUUUAUUCAAUGUUCUAUGGUAAAAAGUUGAGCUGCUAUACCAAAUCACCAUGCAAAAUGAUUUAUUAGUUACUUUAUCGUCCAAAAAUUGUUACAUUUCAUCUUUAUUCUAUAGAAAAUAAAUUAGACUGUUGUGUUAUUUAAGACUCUCAGUAUAUAUUGAUGAUGUAAGAAAAAUCCAUUGCAUUGUGAAAUCCUGUUGUAUGAAUGAUAUUUUAUGUUGAGCUAUAUUUGUAUGUUGAAGGGUUUAUUUACUUGUUCGUUAAUGGAAGCUAUUUUCAGUAAUAAAAAAUGUUCUUAAA